GUUAUCGCUUUCGAUUGUUUUACAGGCGUAUACGACAUCGCCGAGGGACAUUAUAUCUGCCUCUAAGUAUACACUAGUUCAGCGAUAAAAAACAGACCUAAUAUUUCUUGUUUUUUAUCGUCUCAAGUUAUCAUAAUGUAUCUAAUUUUUUAUUUAAUUAGACAAAUAAAAUGCAUGUAAAAUAAUCAACAAUGUGCAACAAGUUUCGAACAUCUUUAAAAAAUCAUUUAAAUCAAUAUAAGUAAGGUCAACAUGGAUACAAACACGCACACACAUAUAAUGUAGUAUACUUAACUUAAUGUUUAUAUAUUUACAUUGUGUGCUGUGACAUGGAUGCAGACCUAUUAAGAGCAAUAUUGAGGAGCUUCAACGAUUCAGAAAAUGUUACCGAGUCUGAGGAUUAUAAAAACAUAUCAAAGGAAGUUGUACUUCAAUCUAAUGCAAUAUCUGAUGCUCUAUACACAUCAUUGAGCAACCUUUUAUGCUAUAAAGUGUCCAAACAGGCUUAUCAACGCUACUCAGUUCGGCUGUUGAUAAUUGACAUUGUACGGCGAUGGUGCAAAACUACGAGCAAUUUUAAUCAUUUACGGAUCUUUACAUCUGAAGAAAAUAACUUGAAGUUUGUUACUAAUCUCUUGGACAAGUGUCUCACGAAUGAUAUUCUAACUAACUGCUGCUCGAACGAUGCUCUAAUAUCUUUGACCACUGCUGUGAUGUAUCUGUCAAUGGAAAAUCCGUCGCUUAUGCACCAUUUGGACAGAUUACUUGUGAGACUUUUGCGAUUAAAGACAGAUGAUAAAAUCGAGAGGUUACUACACGAUGUUCUGAGCACAGAUCUGGACCUCAAGUUGUCUACAAAGGAGGAGAUAUAUCUUUCUCAAAGAUCAAGCUUGAUAGAAAGACCUCUACUCGACAGUUUUACGUGCAUGUUCUCUGAUGCAAAUGAAGAAAAUUGUUUAAAAAAACAGCGCGACGCUGAAAAAACGCUGAGUCGUUUGUUGGCGCUUAGCGCCGCAUCCGCGUGCGUCUUCCAAUUGGUGUUCAGUUUCUUGAAGGAGCUGCUGGUUCAGCUACAGUACGCUCCCGCGGUUAUAGACUUCAUAAACUCGAUAUUGAAACGAGUGGACGCCUAUUGCGAGGAUCAAGGCAAGGAGAUAUUGGAUCUUUAUCCCAGGAGACUGUGUCCCUGUGUGAUUUUACUGAAGAUAAAGCCAGAGCAUCACACCGCGCAAACCAAGGAAUAUAUACUGCAGACUGUCAAACGAAUUUUCGUUGAGAAUAAGAACGUUGUAUUAAUUCUGAUGUCUCAGUUCCCCGAAUGGCUGGAAUUCCUUCCGGCUUACAUCACUAACGACGCGCAAAGCUGACUAUCGUGGAGAUUGAUGUAUCUCUUCGUUGAUUGUUACUUGCGCGAGUCCAAUUGUUACGUAAUAUAUAAUUAAAUACCGCGAAACCCUUGUUCUUCUUACUGUAUUUAUUGUACAUAUAAACAUUCUAGAGAAUAAGAAUUUUAUAAAUUUUUUCAAAGGGACAUACAACAGAACGUCUAUACUACUCGUCUAGGUAGACUUUGCUUCAUUCUCUCGGCCGCAAAACGCAUGCUAAUAAAGUCUUUCCGGAAAAAAAGACGAUAUAGCGACCG